AUGGAGGUCUCAACACCGACUACGCCAAGAAAGCCACUGAAGCGGGCGCGCGAGCCGGUUCGCGGAUUCUCCCCGGAACGGGAAGAGACGCCGUCGGCCGACGAGGAGGAUUGCUCCGACGACGUAAAGUCCGAUGAGUCUGACUCCGACUCCGACGGGGAGAUCGUCGACCGCGGAAGAAUGGCCCCACCGCGGAAGUUGGCGAAGGCGGCCGAAACCGAUUCAGAGGAAUCGGGAUCGGAGCGAUCCGAUUCGGAAUCGGAAGACGACUCGGACGAAGAAGGAGUGUGCGUGGCCGAGCCGAGAGGAGGAAUGGCGCCUCGACUAUCGAGCGAGGCGUCGAGCGAGGAUGAGAAGAAGAAAGAGGAAGAGGAAUCGGAUGAUUCCGACGACGACGUGACCCCACCAGUCCGUGCACGAGUCAAGCAGACAAGCAGAAGAGGUGGAAUGGCGCCGCGACGGCCGAUCGAGGAUGAGGAGGAGGAGGAAGAGGAUUCGGACGACGAUCGAGACGGGACCCCGCCAGUCCGUGCACGUGUGAAGCUGGCACAACGUCGAGGUGCCAUGGCACCACCUCGGCCGUCGUCAACGCCGUCUACGCCGCCACCGAGAAGAGAGAAAGAAGAAGAAUAUUGUCCGUAA